AUGGUAACUUACAAACCGAAAUACAUUGAACAGCAAUAUGGACAGACUUCCACCCGAACAAACUUCAUCAUCGGUCUCAUUAAUAUUCCAGCCGUGGCUCUAGGGAUCUUCUCUGGGGGGCUUGUGAUGAAGAAAUUCCGCAUUAAUAUUUUAGGAGCGGCAAAACUGUUAUUGAUAUCUGCUGUGAUUGGAUACUUGAUGUUAAUGACCUUGUUUGCGCUGGGCUGUGAGCAGUCCCCAGUGGCUGGCCUGACUUUCUCCUAUGAAGGAUCCCAACAGAUCUCCUCUCAGGAAAGCCCUAUCUCACAAUGUAAUCUUCGGUGUCUCUGUCCAAAGAAUCAAUGGGAUCCGGUCUGCGGAGACAACGGGGUCACCUAUUAUUCUGCGUGCUAUGCGGGCUGCCGAAUGUCCAACGGGACUGGAAACACUGCAGUUUACUACAACUGCAGUUGUGUGAAGCAGCCCAUAUUGAGUUCAAGUGGUGGCUCUGCCACAGUUGGUCCAUGCUCAAAAGAAAGACAUUGCUCUAGAAUGUUCCUGUACUUUAUGGCAAUAUCUGUGGUCACAUCUUUCACGCUAUCUCUUGGAGGGACUCCUGGAUACAUCCUACUACUGAGAUGUAUUAAACCUGAGCUAAAGUCUCUGGCUCUGGGGAUCUACACAAUGGCCAUCAGGGUUCUUGCGGGGGUCCCGGCCCCCAUGUACCUCGGGGCUCUAAUUGACAGCACCUGUCUAAAGUGGGGGAGCCAGAACUGCAAAAGGAAAGGUUCCUGCCGCCUCUACAAACACUGA